UCUAAAAUUUUAGGUGCUUUUGUGUAGGUAGAGGAGGAGGAGGAGGUACGAGAACUGUAGGAGGAAGACGAAAUGCCAAAUUCAAUGAAGAAGACGAGGAAUGAUGUUGGUGAAGGAGAGCCAGGAAUGACGGAGUAUGAGAAGCAAAGGGCCUUAAGGAUAAAGCAGAACAUGGAAAGGAUGAAAGCUCUUGACUUGCCAAGCAUGGCUUCUUCCCUCAAUAGAGAGUUCUGCUACAAGGAGAUGAAAGGCGAGAGCAAGGCCUCUCGAAAGGCCACCAAAGAUAAAGACGACGACGAAGACGAGUACCAACCAACAUCAGAGGACGACGACGACGAAGAAGAAGAAGAAGAAGAAGAAGAGGAAGACGAGGAGGAAGAAGAGGAAAACAAUAAGAGAGAGAAAAGGAAGAAGGUUGUGAACUCUUCAAAGAAAACAAGGGUUAGGACGAGUAAGUGCCCUCAAAGAGAUGAGAAGGUGGGAAAUGCUGAAGAGAUUGAUGAAGAUGCAGCUUUGCAGAAGGCGAUUGCCCUUUCCUUAGGAGGUGUUGCUGAAUCUUCAAAUUGGAUGGGUGGUAGCAUGCAUAAACAAUCAGGCAGAAAAGAAGCAAAUGCGUUUUGUGAAAGAAAAAAUGUAGAAAUGGGCACUAGCAAAGGAAGGGGAAGAAAAGCCAAGGGUAGUGGCAGACCUAAAAUGUCUGAAGAUGAUGUUAUCAGCUAUUUUUUUCUAAUUGAUGAAGCUGGCAAAGGGAACAUAACAUGGAGGGACAUAAAGAAAGCCAUGGUGACUCAUGAUUUUCACUGGACCGACAAGGAAAUCAAUGACAUGAUUUGUUUCUUUGACAGCAAAGGAAAUGGCAACGCUGAAUUUAAAUAGGUGAGCUUCUUUUGGCCUUUUCUGGUUGUUGAGGAAAUGAACUCUUCUUUCAUAUGGCAAGCAAUGGUGGCUACGUGGAAUUCUGUAUGAUGUAAUUGGUAGGUAAAAAUUUUGCUUGCAAGUUCAAAAUCUCCAUGUGACAUUUAUUGAUGGGUUUUCAGCUGAAUCUGGAAGAUUUUCAGAGAAUUGUGGAGCGUUGUGGCAUGAUCCAACAUGCAGAAUAUGACUGAAAAAACUUCAUUGCUGUUGUUGGAAGUCUCUAUGCUACCAUGUCGAUCAGCAGUUACAAUUGAGGAUCGAGGAGAUGAUUAUCAGGUGGUUCGUUCUUUUGGGCCUUUCUCCUUCAUACGGAUUAAAGCAUCUCAUGCUAAUAAUGGAGGCCUUUUCAACAAAGAAAUGCAACAAGAAACUUGAUCAUGAGCGAGUUCAGUUUGUCUUUUUUUAGCAAAAGGUGGAGCACAUGAAACCUUUGGAUGCGUAUUCCAUCCUGUCUGGCACUGAAGUGCUUUUUUUUUUCUUUUUUGGCACAAAGGGAAAGUCUCCUUUCUAAAAUUGUGCAUGAUCACGAAGCAUGUGCCUGGGUUCUGUGAUUUUUCUACCAUUUAGGUGAGGCGCAAAAGCGUGUGAGGUGGACAAUUGAUGUCCCAUUUGGGUGACAAUGAAGGCAUUGUUGAAAACCUGGUUUUGGCUUCAAAACUUGUAUAAAUCUAUGCUGACCCUAAAACAGGGUUUUUACA